AUGGAAGGCCAUGAUUGGGAGAAGUUAGAGCGCACCGUGCGCGAGAUUCGCGACAAUACCGUCACCGCACGCUCACGCGCCACGUACCAGAACUCGUACUGCCGUUUCCUUGCUUGGCUUGUCCGCAACAAGCCGCACCUCGCACCCCAGCCAUUUCUCGAAGCCCUCGGUAAUACGGCUGACGGAAGCCUGCAGCAGCUGCGCACUACGAUCAAGGCCCUCGUCACCCAGGAUCGCCGUAUUGUCCCUCAGGACUUUGCGGCAGUA